AUAACCCUGCAAAUGACCGUCUUCCUCUCGUUCUUCUCUUUUCUUCGAUUUACCGAUGGGGAAGCUCCGGUCCCUGCUCCGGCGCCGAAGAAGAUCAAAGGGAGCCACGUCCAACGGAGAGGCGUCGGAGCCAGCUUCGCCGGAAGCCACCCCUACGGCGGCGACGACGCGGGAGGAACUCGAACGCGUUUUCCGGAAAUUCGACUCCAACGGCGAUGGAAAGAUCUCUUCAUCGGAGCUCGGCGCCAUCUUCGAGAGCCUAGGGCACCCGGCGUCGGAUGAGGAGCUUGCGGGGAUGAUGAACGAGGUUGAUGCCGACGGUGACGGCUUCAUCAGCCUGGAGGAGUUCGUGGAUCUGAAUACCAGCGAGAUCGAUUCCACGGCGGCACUCGAGGAUCUCCGCCACGCCUUCUCUGUCUUCGAUCUUGAUCGCAAUGGAUCGAUAUCGGCGGAGGAGCUCGCGCGCGUGAUGCGAGGGCUUGGCGAAGGGGUCUCCGUCGCGCAGUGCCGGAAGAUGAUUGAUGGCGUCGAUCAGGACGGCGACGGCCUCAUUAGCUUCGAGGAGUUCAAGGUCAUGAUGUCCAAAUCCCCCAUUGCUACUUCGAUCACCAAGAUCGAGUAAGCCGAUCUCGAUUUCCUUUCUCCUCUUAUCAAUUUUCUCUGUUUCUUUUUUUUUAUAGUUUGGAUCUGACUAAAGAGAGAGCUGAAAAAAAGCUUAAUCUGUACAUACUUGGAAGACGAGUUCCUUGCUCUUACAAUAUAUUCUUCCCUU